AUUCCGUAUCUUGUUGGUGUCAAAGGUCAACAAGGUAUUUUAAAAUGGCGGCGUCUUUCCAAAUUUGGGCUGCUGAGUUGGUUUAGCCAUGACUUCACGGGUGUCGUUGACAAGAUCGCCAUGUGGCAAGGCAGCGUGUCUGGGAUGUGCCGAUCACACAGUCCAUCACCGAGAUACGCCAACCAGACGGCCGGUCAAGCCCAGGAUGUUUCUGUGCAAUGAGAAGAACUGCAACAAACAGUUUUCCUCCAUGGACAAGCUGGGGGCUCAUCUGAGGGUUCACAACAAACCCAGCGUCUUCUACCCGUGUCCAAAGUGUACGUUUAAAUGCAGUUCGCAGAAGAAGCUAGAAUUUCACAUCCAUAACAAGCAUGUCUUAGACCACGGGAAGUGGAAAGGUGCAAGCAAUGCCAAAAGAAAACCCUCUGCUCUCAUUCUGUGGCAUCAUGUUGGUAACAGGUAGGUAUACAAACAACCUGCAACAUCUUUUGGGUUAAUGUUUUGAUUUGGCAAAUCUUUGGUAGGUAAGGCCUCAUCAAUGUAAUUAAUUGGUUCUCAAAAUUGCCCACACCUAUUUUUUUCAAAAAAUAACAAAACAGGAAGAAAAAAAAUCACCACAUCUUCUCUUUGGAAACUUUCACCAUGAAAUUUCUAUAUA